AUGAUAUCUAAAUUCAACCUCAACUGCUUAGUCUUAGGUGACCACCCCAGGAACAUAUUCCCGGUCAAGAUUUCAUCGACGAAGAUUGUUGGUAACCUGAAAGAUUUAAUCAAGGAAAAGAAUAAGCAUAAAUUCGAUGCUGCUGAUGCUAAGGAUCUCGAGCUAUGGAAGGUCGACCUACUUCUCGACGACACUUUCGAGCGUAAUCUCAAUGAGCUCCAAUUAGAUCACAAGAAAUCAUUAUCGCCCGUGGAUGAAAUGCUCAAGGUUUUUGACAGUCCUCCGCAGCCUAUGCACCUGCAUAUUCUUGUCCAGCCGCUACUACCUGCUGGCAUUCCUCACCAGGCCGGCCACUUGUUGAUCAACCUCAACUGCUUAGUCUUUGGCGACCACCCCUGGUACAUAUUCCCGAUCAAGAUUGUAUCGACGGAGAUUGUUGGUGACCUGAAAAAUUUGAUCAAGGAAAAGAAUAAGCAUGAAUUCGAUGCUGUUGAUGCUAAGGAUCUCGAGCUAUGGAAGGUCGACCUACCUGUCGAUGACAAUUUCGAGCGUAAUCUCAAGAUUGUCAACGAGCUCGAACUAAGUCACAAGCAAUCAUUAUCACCUGUGGAUGGAAUGUUUGAGGUUUUUGACAGUCCUCCUCGACAUAAGCACCUGCAUAUUAUCAUUGCGUAUAUACUAUGA